CUUUACAAUAGGCUCUAAGUUUAUUACGUUCCGAGUUUUCUCGUGAAACUGGCAGCAUGGAUUUCGAGCCACGACCACGAGUUCUGAGUUUCCAGUCUGUCCAGUCAUCUAACGAUCACGACGACGAGGCUGUCGCCUCUACGAGGCGUACAUCAAUAAGCAGCUCUACUUCAGCGCGCCGAGUGUCGCUAGGGGCACAAGCCUCACGGAAAGCCUCUAAAGCAGGCACACAACCUUAUGUCUCCCCUUAUCGUCUAUGGCGAAAGCUUUCUGAUUCCAUCCAAGAAAAAAAGCUGGGCUACAAUGAAGGGCAAACUGUCGAGAACACGUAUCGUACCGAGCCCAAGAGAAGGUUUCCAGAGCGGGAGGUGAGAGAAAUUAUCAGAAAUAGCUUGGAAGGUAUGUUCGCUACGCAAACCUACACAGCGGAAACGUGUGGCUUUUUAACCAAGCUUCUGAGUUCAAGGAUCCUCGAGCAAGUAAAGAGUCUAAAUAUUGAGCGAUAUAAGCUUGUGUGCUUUGUUAAUGUUGGCUCGAAGAAUGACCAAGGACUCAGGGUGGCGAGUAGAUGCUUGUGGAACGCCGAACACGACACGCAGGUUACAGCAUCCGUGGAAAAUAGCACCGUGUUUGCGGUAGCAACGGUGUUCGGAGUUUAUUUUGAAUAACUUCACAGGGUAUAGAGCCGUUUCAACGAAAGUUUGAUCUAUCAUAUCGAAAAGCACGGACUGGUUGACUACUAUAAAGCUGAGACUUUUGUGCCAACCGGUCCCAAAAAUGACUUUUAUCAGAUAUACUCUAAAAACUUCUGUAAAUCUCAGUUAUCUUGCUCAGCUUAUGUAUACAAAACCUAGUGAAAGAAUUAGAUGUUUAGCAAAAUUGUAUUCAGCAUUCAUCCGUUAAUUGUUGAGUAUAGUUGUACCUCUGACACUGAAAUAGGUCACGCGAUAUUGGUCUGCAAUCGCAGUUUCUCUUUUCUUUCUUAUUUUCUGAAUACUUCGGCAAAUACACGAUAUUUAAAACAACAUGGCAUGGUCAUGGGUGGAUGAUCACUGAUGUAAAAUAUGAGCGAACCGAC